AGUCACCCUUUGCUUUUGUUGUUUCCAGUUUAUGUCUCUAGCAAAGCAAAGCGACUGAUACGGAACCAAAAGCAGCGUGGAUCCUCAUCCUUCCGUCCUCGUUGGCAAGCCAUAGCCUUUUUCUCUCUUCUUCUUGGCUCAAUCUUGACUCCGUAGUCCGUUUCCUUCUACUUCAUCGCCGUCGUAUACCGCCGGAGAUAUCAAUUAAAUCACAUAGACGCCCACAGCCACACAGCAACGUCGGAUCGUUGUUCUCAUUCAUCGCUCCCUGAAAAUUCACGCAGAUGGCGAUGACAGUUGAAGUGUAAGCUCUUAAUCUUUAAGACACAAGUAUAUAUAUAUAUAUAUAUAUAUAUAUAUAUAUAUAUAUAUAUAUAUAUAUAUAUAUAUAUACACACACACACACACACACACACACACACAACAAAUCAAUGAAAGUACAUUGCUAUUUCUUGCAUUUAAUGUUUGACAGAGAUCUCUAACACCACAUUUCUUUUAAGGCUUGCUGGACUUGCCCUUAUGUUUUCAUCUAGUUUCCUUCUACAAGUUCUGGCUUGUGCAAUAUACAGCAACUGGUGGCCAAUGUUAUCAGCACUUAUGUAUGUAUUGGUCCCUAUGCCAUGCAUGUUCUUUGGUGGCGGGUCCACUGAAUAUUUACUCACACGGGAUGGCGGCGGGUGGAUAGAUGCUGCAAAAUUCCUAACAGGGGCAUCAACAGUGGGGAGUUUAGCGAUCCCGAUAAUUCUAAGGCAUGCACAUCUGAUAAGCACUGGAGCAAUGUUGAUUGAAUUCAUGUCUUUUUUUAUAUUUGUGUGUACUGUUAUGUGCUUUCAUCGGGCAAGUCUUGAAGAUGAAUGGUGAUACACGAAAGUCGACAACUAUCAACGUCAACAAAUUAAAAAUAUGUAAAUCUAGAAAAAGGUGUGACUUAAUUUUGUUUUGACUUACAUUUGUGUUGAAAAUUGAAAUGACUAGUCUUUUCUUUUGGUUGGAGCUUGGAGAAGUAAAAUGCUGUAAAAACAAAAGAGAAAACUACAAAAAUGGUCCAUGUGGUUUGUUGCUUGCU